AUGCUGCGUCGUUCUCUGCUGCGGGAGGAGUUUAUUAAGGGGAGACGAAAAUACACGGGGGCCACUGUCUUAUAUCCUGGUCCUGCUGCUCACGACUUUCUGUGUGAGAGUCGGCCUUUUGUUAUUCGCGUUUGUCUCCCCAAGAACUCACCGAAGCCGCUGCCUGUAGCAGCAGCAGCAGCAACAGCAGCAGCAGCAACAGCAACAGCAGCAGCAACUGCAGCAACUGCAGCAACAGCAGCAACAGAAAGAACAAAAACAGCAGCAGCAGAAGGAACAGCAGCAGAGAGAACGAAGCUAAAGGCCCUACAAAAAGAAGAAAUGCACCCUUAUAUAACUGCAGCACCAGCAGCAGCUGCUGCUGCAGCAACAGCAACAGCAGCAACAGCAGCAACAACAGCAGCAGCAACAGGAGCAGCAGCAGCAGCAAAAGGAACUCAUGAUUGGCAGCAAAAAGUUAUUUCUGUCCGUUCUUAUCACACAGUCAGUGCUGCUGCUGCUGCUCCUGCUGCUGCUGCUCCUCCUGCUGCUGUUGCUGCUGCUCCUGCUGCUGCUACUGCUGCUGCUGCUGCUGCUGCUGCUGCCCCAGCACCAGCGGCGUCGCCUGCAGCAGAAGGCCUCUGUGAAGGUUCUCCUGCUGCUGCUCCUGCUGCUCCUGCUGCAGCAGCAGCAGCAGCAGCACGCAUACCGAAACCGGGUCUUCUGGCGGGCCUGUCUUCAGCUUGCAUACUGGAGCAGCAGCAGCAGCAGCAGCAGCAGCAGCAACAACCACAACAGCAACAGCAACAGCAGCAGCCGCAGCAGCAGCAGCAGCAGCAGCAGCAGCAACAACCACAACAGCAACAGCAGCAGCAGCAGCAGCAGCAGCAGCAGCAGCAGCAGCAGGUGGGGUUAGGGGGGCCCCCUGGGGGGUCCCCUGGGGGCCCCCUCGACUCAGAGGCGCAGAGACGGCGGCUGGCUGCGCUGAGGCGGAACGGUGUCUGCGGGGUUGUUCCCUCGGUGUGGUUAUCUUAA